AUGGCAGUCAUCACUGAAUUGCUCAACAGUCCCUAUGUCGUACAGAGUGUAUGCAUUGCCCUAGUGGCGGUGUUUAUAACGAGCUUUUGGGCAGAUAUAGCAAACGAGAUUCCCCAUAGACACAUUCCUCUAGUUGGAAAAACCUGGUGGGAGCUUACCAACAAAAAGGCCCGGCAACGCUUUACUCGGUCAUCUCGCCAACUAAUUACCGAAGGAUUUGCCAAGGGAGCAAAUGUCUUUCAGAUCAUCGGAGCCACAAACCCGAUAGUUGUAUUGCAUCCGAAGUUUGUCGAUGAAAUCAAGAACCACCCAGAUCUCAGUUUUGAAGACUCCAUCAAAAAGACAUUUUUUGAUAAUCGCAUUCCUGGGUUUGAACCAUUUCAUAAUGGCACCUCUUUGAAAGCUACCGUGGAGAUUGUGCGGACCAGUUUGACCCAGGCGCUCGGGUCCAUCUCACUUCGGCUCUCAAAAGAGACAGGCGCGAUAUUGAAGGAAUCCUUGCCCGCCACCGAUGAAUGGAAGCCCUACUACCUCGCGCAUAAGAUUCCGUACAUGGUAGCUCGCCUCUCCUCUCUGAUAUUUGUCGGAGAAACCAUCUCUCACGAUGAUGAGUGGAUCGAUGUUUCCGUUAACUAUGCCAUUGAUGCGUUUAUGGCUAUGCGCGAUCUACGAGAAUGGCCAUCUAUUCUCCAUCCGGUCGUACACUGGUUCUUGCCCUCUACCCGAAAGCUACGCACGCACUUGGGAAUGGCUCGCUCCAUUAUAAACCGCGAGAUAGACAGGCGGGCAUUGAUUCGCGCGGGCAAGCUCCCAGCAGACGAUCCACCUCGUGGGCCUGAUGCUCUGGACUGGUUUCGCGAGACCGCCGAAAUCCGUAAUAACUUGACCUUUGACCAGUCUUGUGCGCAGGUUGGAUUGGCGCUGGCGGCCAUUCAUACCACAUCUAACUUGUUAACUAACGUCAUGUAUGACCUCGCGGCGUACCCGGAGUAUAUCCAGCCGCUGCGUGAUGAGAUUUUAGCGGUUGCUGCCGAAGAUGGAGUUCUGAAGAAGACGAGUUUGCUCAAGUUGAAGUUGAUGGACAGUGUGAUGAAGGAAUCGCAGCGUACUAAUCCACUCUCAUUGACUUCCAUGAAUCGCCUCGCCCUCAAGCAAAUUGUGCUCUCCGAUGGAACUGUGAUUCCUAAAGGUGCCAACAUGUUCGUCUCUACGAAAACCCUGGAAGAUGACAACAUCUACCCUAAUGCUGGCACUUAUGAUGGUUACCGGUUUUACAACAAACGCCAGCAGCCCGGCAACGAACACAAGCAUCAGUUUGUCGCGACGACAAGUGAGCACUUCGUCUUCGGCCAUGGUGUUCACGCCUGCCCUGGUCGAUUCUUUGCUGCCAAUGAAACCAAGAUUAUGUUCCUUCAUUUGCUCCUGAAGUACGAUUGGAAACUGCAGAGCGGCGGUCGACCUCCGAACAUUGAGAAUGGUGUCGAAUCUAUCACCGACCCACGAGUUCAGAUUUUGUUUCGGUCGCGUGAGUCGGAGGUUGACCUAAGUUUCCUAGGAGAGUGA